AUGGCCCUUCCAGCAAUCCUGCUAGAACAGUGGGUAGAGUAUCCCAUCGGCGUCUUGGUUGUUCUCCUACGCCUGUUUGCUCGCCUGUACGUUGUCGGCUGGCGAAACCUUUACUACGAUGACCUUUUUGCCGGUCUUGCCAUGUGUCUGUGGACUUCCGAGGCAGUAACGAUAUAUCUCCUCAACAAAUACGGCACCUUCAUUGGACUCACGACCGAAACGGCCGAUGCUCUCACCGACGUAGAAGCAGAAUCCCUAGCUACAGGAUCGAAGGCUCUUUUUGGAGCAUGGAUGAGCUACAUCUGCCUCAUCUGGUCGUUGAAAACUUCGGUUUUGUUCUUUUACAACCGUCUCACGAAAGGAUUGAAAGAGCAGAGGCUUGUGAGGAUACUCGGCUGGUUCGUCGGUGUCAGCUGGUGUGCGAUGAUCAUGGAGAUUCUUCUCCAGUGCCGGCCCGUCCAGAAGAACUGGCAGAUCAAGCCCUACGCCGGAGACAGUUGCACGUUAAUCUACGUUAGAUACUAUCUUCUCCUCAUUCUCAACGUCUCCACCGACGUCGGCCUCAUGGCCUUCAUCCCCGCCCCGAUCCUCUGGAAAGCGCAGAUCCCGAUCAGACGCAAAUUGCUCGUGGCACUCCUCCUAUUUUCCGGCAUCUUCAUCGUGGCCGCCGCCAUCAUCCGCUGCGUCAUGUCUGUCGGCGAGAUCCGACGCAUCGGCACGUCGGGCGUCUGGGCCAUCCGCGAGACCUUCGUCUCCAUCUUCGCCGUCAACGCGCCCGCCAUCAAGCCGCUCUUCUCGCGGCGCCACAGACGCACACCCGACAACAGCGGCGGCGACAAGUCUUGCACCGGCGGGACGGCCAGGUUCGGCAGCAGCGGUACCGCCCGCGGUACAAACAGCCACAUGAUGAGUCGCCAUACGACGCACGAGACAGAUGAGAUGGAGCUAAAGUCGACCGGUCAGUGGAGCACGACGGAUUGGGGCAGCGUGGGGGAUAUUGAGCAGGGGGGUUCUGACAAAAGUGUUGAUGGCCGUCUUCCGGAGCAGAAAGGUGACCGGCUGCGGAUCGAGGUUAUCAAGGGGUUUACGACGUCUUCAGAGAACGCUCUGGGAGUGCAGGGUGAGGGCGAGCCGAGGUCGUGGACCGAAGCGACGGGCCAUGGGGUGCAUGAUCACAUGCAGACCCGGGACGGGUGGAUGAAGAUCGGGGCGAGUGGCCGGGGGAUAACGGAUGCGACGGUUAUUGCGGAAAGAUAA